AUGAUAGAUCCUGGAGAGAGUGUAACAUCCAAGAGUGGUGUGUUAAUAGAUGCAGGAGACCACAGUGAACCUAACAGGAAAUGCAAGUCCUUGAUUACUGGACUGUUGAGGUCAGUAGUAGCUUUGUCAGCGCAGGAAUGGGGAAUCUGCCUGAGGGGAAAAGGUGUGGCAUCUAUGACAGUGCCAGUGUACAUCGCCGAAGUUGCUCCGCCACACUUAAGAGGCAGAUUAGUUACCAUUAAUACGCUCUUCAUCACGGGAGGGCAGUUUUUCGCAAGUGUCAUCGAUGGACUCUUCAGCUACCUCGCAAAGGAUGGAUGGAGGUAUAUGUUGGGCCUUUCGGCGUUUCCAGCAGCCCUCCAGUUUCUUGGCUUCCUGUUUCUUCCGGAAAGCCCCCGUUGGCUCAUUCAGAAAGGGCAGACUCAGAGGGCACGGAGAAUUCUCUCUCAGAUGCGUGGGAACCAGGCAAUUGAUGAGGAAUAUGACAGUAUCAAAAACAACAUUGAAGAAGAAGAAAAAGAAGUUGGAGCAGCUGGACCUGUGAUCUGCAGAAUGCUAACAUACCCUCCAACUCGAAGAGCCUUAAUUGUGGGUUGUGGUCUGCAGAUGUUUCAACAGCUGUCAGGCAUUAACACCGUCAUGUACUACAGUGCUACCAUUUUGCAGAUGUCAGGAGUUGAGGACGACAGGCUCGCGAUCUGGCUGGCCGCGCUCACGGCCUUUAUUAACUUCAUUUUCACUCUCGUGGGCGUCUGGCUGGUGGAACGCAUGGGGCGGCGGAAGCUGACGCUUGGUAGCUUAGCAGGUACUGGUGUAGCACUCAUUAUCCUAGCUUUGGGAUUUUUGCUAUCAGCACAGGUCUCGCCAAGAAUCACCCUUACUCCACCAGAUCCUUCACAUCAAAACUCUACCUGCACGAAAUACAGUUAUUGCAAUGGAUGUAUGUUAGAUCCCGACUGUGGUCUCUGCUACAAAUUGAAUAAAUCAAGCGUCAUUGAGUCCUCGUGUAUUCCUGUUGAUAAAGAUUCUACAGUGAAAGCAGCUUGGGGCAGGUAUGUCACUUUUUAG